UCCGUGUCGGUGUAACCUCGUUUCCAACCUCUACUUCCAAGAUGGCUGUCCGCGAGUUGUUGGUCGUAGUGUUCUUGGCCUGCGUGUCAGGUCAUGCUAUUCGUAAAGGAUGGAUCGCCUUCAGACUGUUUGACCACCCCUCCGGAUUCGUUCGGUAUACGGUAACAGAUGGACACUGGUCACUUGACGCCUACGUGUCACCGGAAGGUAUUCUCAGAUCCUGUGACGUCACUUCAGAUCCGGCGUCCGUACUGAAUGCUGACGAUGUCAACUGGCGAGAUAUUGGUGAAGACACGGUUAGGAAAAUGAUCGAAUCUUGUAAACGCACCGGAAAUACAAAGCGUCAAGCCGAGGAGGAAAACGGAAGCCAGGUCAAAGCCACCACCGCUUUGCCCUUUGCCCCGGAAGAGACUGGUGACCCGGCAGGAUCUAAAGGGUCAUUCGCUAUAUUCCCUGGGACGAAAUGGUGUGGACUCAGUAACAUUGCGACCAGCUACGACGAUCUAGGUGAGCAUCGUGCCACGGACAGCUGUUGUCGGACGCAUGACCAUUGUCCGUACUUUAUUGACCACUUCGAGACCAAGUAUAACUACCGGAACCCGUACCCCUGGACUAUGAGCUACUGUGACUGCGACCAAGGACUAUAUGACUGCCUUAAGGGAGUAAAUACCACAGCAGCUAAUGAAGUCGGCAAGAUGUUCUUCGGUCUGCUCAGCGUCAAAUGUUUCGAUUUCGAAGAUGGCACCUACUGUUCUGACGAGCACCUGGCGGGUCUAUGGUGUGAGAAGGAAGGUUACGGCGAGAAGGCGGUUCCCAAAGACUUCCCCCAUCAAUGGGGAGACAAAACGACCGGUUCUGUAGCUAAAGCCGGGCUUGUUGGCUAGGGACAACAUCAGCAUAUAUAUUUAUUUUCACAUAAUAAAUGAAUAUGGUGAU